GAGAGAGAGAGAGAUGAUUCUCAAGGACCUCAUAAGGUAUCGCGAGGCUGAGCAAAGAUUAAACUGUGUUGGUUAAUUCCUGAAGGUUGUGGCUGAGACUUGAGAGCUGAGCUGUCCACCUCCUAGUAUAGGCGGAUGAAGGGUCAAGGUCUGUGGCUUCAAUGGCCUGGCUCCUGGUUCUCCUAGUCUUGGCUCUGUUCCAUCACCAUUCAGGAACCUUUCCUUUUCUGAGUUUGUGAGCCAAUGGUCAAAGAAUCACUACAGCUUCAAUGUUAAAUGGAGUCGACUGUACUUGGUUGCAUUAGUCGCAGCUUUUCUAACAGCCGCUGUGGUUUGCCCGAAAGCAAGAAGAGGAGGAAACGUGAACAACAACAGAGAAGGUACAAUCGUCAAAACAAAACCAAAACCACCAAUCAUUCUUUCCCCAAAUCAUCUCCGACUCCACUCCUCAUCAAUCAGACACCCAAUCCUCAAAGCAAACAUGAAGCUCUCGAUGAUGUUCUCAGAGACAUCGAAACAUCAAUCAAUCGUGGCAUCACAGUAGAUACUGCAAUCUUCUCUUCUCUACUCGAGACUUGUUUCCAAAUGCAAGCCAUUGACCAUGGAAUCCGAAUUCACCAUCUCAUUCCUCCAAAGCUACUUCAUAAGAACGUCGGCCUCUCUUCGAAGCUCCUCCGUCUGUACGCUACGGCUGGGCACAUGGACGAGGCCCAUCAACUCUUCGAUCAAAUGCCAAGGCGUGACACAUCUGCCUUUGCUUGGAACUCCCUUAUCUCCGGUUAUGCUGAACUGGGUAUAUAUGAAGAUGCUAUAGCUCUUUACUUUCAAAUGGAUGAAGAGGGUGUGGGGCCUGAUCAAUUCACCUUCCCCCGUGUCUUAAAAGCGUGUGCUGGACUAGGUUUGAUUCGAUUGGGUGAGGAAAUCCACCGCCAUAUUGUUCGUUCUGGGUUCGCUGGUGAUGGGUUUGUGCUCAAUGCCCUCGUCGACAUGUAUGCCAAGUGUGGAGACAUUGUAAGGGCUCGGAGGGUUUUUGAUAAGAUUGUUCAUCGCGACUCAGUUUCAUGGAAUUCAAUGUUGACGGGUUACAUCCGUCAUGGGCUUCCAUUGGAGGCCUUAGACAUCUUUCGUGGGAUGCUCUGUUCUGUUUUCGAGCCAGACUCGGUCGCCAUAACCGCAAUUGUUUCUGAGUUUUUAUGUACCAAGCUCGGAGCCGAGAUUCAUGGAUGGAUUAUCCGACGGGGACUUGAGCAGAAUUUGUCCAUAGCCAAUUCAUUAAUCUCGAUGUAUUCAGAGCUCGGGAAGUUGGAUCAUGCACGAUGGGUGUUUGAGUGUAUGCCUGAAAGAGAUGUUGUGUCUUGGAAUUCUAUAAUUUACGGCCACCGUCAGGACCCACAAGCGCUGUUGUAUUUCCAGCGGAUGGAGAAUUUUGGUGUUCGGCCAGACGGCAUCACGUUCGUCUCCCUACUUGCAGCUUGUGCGCAUUUGGGUUUGGUGGGAGAUGGGCAGCGAUUAUUUCUGAAGAUGAAAGAGGCAUACAGGAUAGCUCCACGCAUGGAGCAUUACGCUUGUAUGGUGAACCUCUUAGGGAGGGCAGGCUUGAUCGAUGAGGCUUAUGAAGUUAUUCAGAGAAUGGAAUUUGAUGUUGGUCCUACCGUGUGGGGUGCUCUUCUAUUUGCUUGCUCUGUUCAUGGGAACGCUAUGGUGGGAGAGAUCGCUGCGGAAAAACUUUUCGAUUUAGAGGCAGAUAAUGCUCAUAACUUUGAGCUUCUGAUUAAGAUCUACAGAAAUGCUGGUAGAUUGGAGGAGGUGGAGAGGGUCAGAAAGUUGAUGCUGGACAGAGGAUUGGAUUCGUAAUCUGCCCGUGAUUCUAAACUCAGAGUACAUUUAUCCCCACUAUCUCAACUGUAAAUUGCAAAACGAGAAAAUUUUUGGUGGUUUGGCUUCGUGAAAACACAGGAAAUUACCUAAACAGACAACAACAACUCAGUCCUUUCCCAACUGAAUGGGGUCGCACAGUUCAAAUUGUUCAUCAGUGUGUGGAUGUAGCUGUUACUAUAGAGUUGCAAAUCCUUCCAAGGUUUCCUUGUAGACUGUUGAGCUUGCAUUAUUUGUGACCAUGAAUUGGAAAAUCUUGCUCUUCUGAGUGUACUUCAACCAAG